UUGGCGGCGAGCGACGGACCGCCGGAACGCCCACCUCGAUGAACACGGAGGAGAUGCGUUGGAUCUUGCCGGAUAAACUGGAGAGCCGUGCCCUCCAACGAGGACAUCGCCAUGGCCUGGAGCAGCUGGACGGUGCAGUUCCUAUCGAGGCAGAGCAUGAUGACCGGGCUAUGGCAACGCGAUAGAUCGCGCAUGGCGAGGUGGUGAGGUUGCCGAGCACCAGGAGCGCCCACGGCGACCGGGGACAGAUUGAUGGCCGGCGGCCCGGCGGUUGAGGCAGAGGAGUGAGACGAUGACCAGGAGGGGGAUGAGCAGCAGGUAGAGCGGUAACUUGGUCGCACGGGCCCUGGCUUUGUCGAUGGCGUUGGAGGUUGGACGUGAUGAUGCUUGUGUGCUUGAAUACGGUGGCAUUACAACCUGGGAGCCAAGCGCGUGUUACAACCGGAAAUUAUUUACACCAGGAAUUUGUUGGAGCUUUGAUGACUGCGUCACAAGGAUGAGAUGGCGUCCCGUACAAAGCUAUCUGGUAUCCAGAGGCAGGCCUUGGCAUUAUACAGAGGGUUCCUUCGGACAGCACGGCUCAAGUCCCCAGAGGAGCGCCGCAGGAUCGAGUCUGUUGUCUCCGCAGAGUUCCGUGAGAAUGCCAGGAGUGUCGAUCGCAGGAACUUUGUGUACAUUGAGUAUUUGAUGAGAAGAGGGAAGAGGCAGCUCGAUCAGCUCAAGAAUCCUGAUAUCACUGGACUUUCUACACUUGAAAUAAAUAAGGCCUCUUCUAUUCCAGAACAACGUGUCGAGCAUGAUCUUGGUGUUUCUACUGGGAGACAGUAAAACAAGAAGAGCUUGCUUUUAAUGGUGUCCAACAUAAAAAUGGCCGCAUACGAAAGCUCUUUAUGAUGUAACUUCUCUGGAGCACCUUCAUUUUCUGAUAGGAAUCUCUAGAUGAGUCUCGUAGCAUCUUAUUGCCCUCUGGAUAUUAGAAGUGUGGUUCAUGUAUGAAUUCUUUUGGUCACCAAGAUCAAUUGGACCAGAGUUUACUGUGAAAGAGCAUUUACAUUGGAGCUCUAUACUGUCUAAACGACUAAACCAUGUGGUUUAAACUCAGCAAUGGUGUUACUUUUUAUGCAAUGUAAUUCACCCCUAUCAUUUAUUUAGACUUAUGUGCUCAAUUGAGUUAACUCAGAAAAAAAGAUGAUGUGACCUA